AAAAUGAUUUUCACCCCCAAUUUAUUAAUUUCUUUAUUUAUUAUCUCCCUAUUUAAUUUAUUUGGAAAUUUUGGAGUCAUUGGGGUAGAGGAAAGAUAUGUUAAGAGUGGUCAUGAUGAGACUUGGUUUGAGGACGAGGUUGCGUUCUUCCGAGAGGAUGGAGAGAAUAACAGCACCCCUCCUGCUGCUAAUUUUGCCGGAAAAUGCAUUAAACGUGCAAAAUGUUUUAGUGAUGCUGAUUGCGGGGUUAAAGGAAAGUGUGUUGGAGGGACAAAAAUAGGCAAGUGUGACUGUUCUAAAUGCCGUACCGGACUUAUAUGCAAACACGAAGACUCAAAAACCUGUGGCGGUUUAAAAGACGCCUGCAGCAAAUUUAAACUUUGCCAAUGCGAACAAGCCUAUAAAAAGCAUGGUUAUGAAAAUGCUCAUAAAGUUAGAACCGAAUUUUGUGGUGUAAAGUCUUGCAAUUGGAAUAAUGAUGAAUGUUUUGGUCUCCCUUGCAAGGCUGGCAAUUGUCGAUGCAGUAAAGUCUAAUAAAUAAAGAAAAAAAGAAAGUUUUGAAAAGAUAAAGUAAAUAUUAAGUGUGAUAAAUAAUGAAUAAAUUAACGUCAUUCUAACAUAAUUUU